GGUGAUGCCAAAGAACCUGCUGCUUCGUUGCUGCGUCUCCCCCUCCCUCUCUCCCUCUCUCUCUCUUACACGUCCCCGUCACCGAGAGAUUCGCACUCGUACUCACGUGCUGUGGUUUAUUCUUAUUAUUAGUAGCAUUUUAGUGCUGCGUAGCCCUACCAGUACAGCAACAACGAAAAGGAAUACGGAGAUCGUAAUGAGCACCAACAAGAACGUUAGCGCAGCCCAUACGCAGGCCCCGGGUACGGUGCGCAACGCCGCUAUGGCCGGCUUCUCCAGUCCUAUCUAUCGUGGAGAGCUGACACACGGCGCGUCCGCCGAGUUGCAGGAAGGCUACCGCAUCCUCACCAAUGGACAGAAGGUGAACAUCAUCAGCGACAAGGAUCUUUUGAAGGCCAUCCAGGCCUCCGGUCUGCGGGUAACCGAGGAGGAGGUGAACGACCUGUUGCGCGUGGUGCACCAGGACGAGCGGACGCUGGGGCUGGAGUUCUCCGAGUUUAUGAUGCUCAUGACGAAGGAGAUGGAUGAUCAGGUAAUGGACGAGAUGCGCAGUGCGUUUCACAGCAUUGACAAGAACAACACAGGAACGGUAACGAAGAAGCAGUUCACGGAGCUGUUCGUCUCCGUCGGCGAGCACAGCAGCGCCGAGGAGCUGGAUGAGCUGCUCCUGCUAGCCGAGGUGUCGGAAGACUCGGAGACCGUAGACUACAAUAAACUGAUUACGGAGUUAGCCAUUCGCUUGAAUAAGAUGUAG